GGGUGUGACUGGUGUGACCCGUGUGACUGGUGAGACCAUCAGGCUGUCAGUGUCCAGUGAAAAAUGUCCUGAAGUUCAUGAAAACAAACGCAUCACUGCGGUCAAUGAGGGUGUUCCCUGCAAACAGACAGAGAUUUUCAAUCUGAAAACCACAACGAAUACACGAUGGAUGAAGGAAUGCAAACCACUGCAGGGGAGCAUCUCUAUAGACGAGCGUGGCUUAAUGAGACUGAAUGGAGCCUCAGAGAGCGAUGCUGGGAAUUAUACCUGCAUGGUAGACGUCACCUUCAACGGCAGGAAGUUCACGGCGGCACGCAGCAUACGGUUGACUUUCUCAAAGAUUCCAGUGGUUGCAGACAAACCUAAUGUGAUUUACCCUCAACAGGAAGUGGUCAUGGUUAAAGAGGGUAUGGCAGCGGAGUUGAAAUGUAAAGCCUACAUCGGCCUUACUGAGGAGAACGACACCUACAUGUAUUGGACUGUCGACAACAUUUCGACUGAAGAUUUUACGCAGCUCAAUGAUUCCUGGGUCUC